GGGAGAGCGGAUAUAGUGCAUGCAGGGUCCGGGGAGACCAGAUAUAGUGAAUGCAGGGUCCGGGGAGAGCGAUAUAGUGAAUGCAGGGGUCCGGGGAGACCAGAUAUAGUGAAUGCCGGGUCCGGGGAUAUAGAUAUAGUGAAUGCAGGGUCCGGGGAGACCGGAUAUAGUGAAUGCAGGGUCCGGGGAGACCGAGAUAUAGUGAAUGCAGGGUCCGGGGAGACCGGAUAUAGUGAAUGCAGGGUCUGGGGAGACCGGAUAUAGUGAAUGCAGGGUCCGGGGAGACCGGAUAUAGUGAAUGCAGGGUCUGGGAGACCGAUAUAGUGAAUGCAGGGUCUGGGGAGACCGGAUAUAGUGAAUGCAGGGUCUGGGGAGACGGAUAUAGUGAAUGCAGGGUCUGGGGAGACCGGAUAUAGUGAAUGCAGGGUCCGGGGAG